AUGUCGAUAGUAUCAUAUCUAUUUCAAUCAAUAUUUCAUCCAUCCGAAAUUAGUGCUCUUAUCCAAUUUAAAUUUUUCAAGCCUAAACCUAUACUUGAAAUUAAACCAGAAAACAAGAAUAAGAUACGUUGUUAUGAGUUUCUGGAUAAAACUUCUCGUUCUUUUGCUGCUGUAAUUAAAGAGCUGGAUGAUGAUGUGAGGGAUGCUAAAGAACCUCUACUAAGGUCAUUUCAUGAAACUAUUUUUCAAAAAGGAUGGACUUUUACGGAAAGUGGUCCCCUUGAAAAAGAUCGUCAAUUACUCGUAGAAUUUAAUGUUGUGAUUGAUGAAUUUUUGUCUCUUAGUAAGGAGUUUCGUGAUAUCAUCGCUGAUAUAGCUAAUAAGAUGGGAAAUGGUAUGGCUGACUAUGCAAAAGAUGCUGCACAUAAUUUAUAUGGGGUUAAGACCCUUAAAGAUUUUGACUUAUAUUGUUAUUAUGUUGCCGGUUUGGUUGGUGUUGGCCUUACCCAUUUAUUUGCUGAAAGUGGUUUGGAAAGUUCCGAUCUCAUAAACGAUACUGAUUUGUCAAUUCAGAUGGGUUUGUUUUUACAAAAAACGAACAUAAUUCGUGAUUAUUUGGAAGAUCUUCUUGAUGGACGUAAAUUUUGGCCAAAAGAAAUUUGGUCAAUUUAUGUUAAAGAUUUUUCUGAUCUUAAAGAACCUGGUUAUGAAACUAAGGCUCUUAACUGUCUUUCAUCCAUCAUUCUUAAUGCUCUUAAUCAUGCUCCUGAAAGCUUAACUUAUAUGAAUAAGCUUCAAAAUAAAACUAUUUUCAGUUUUUGUGCCAUCCCACAAGUAAUGGCAAUUGCAACUUUGGCAUUAAUGUUUAGAAAUUAUGAUACAUUCCAAAAAGUUGUUAAAAUUAGAAGAGGAGAAUCUAUUAAGAUUGAACAAUGGUGUACUGUCAAUCUACCAUCUACGAAAGUUUAUAAUAAACCUCUUAAAAAAGAUUGGUUUAGUCAAGAAAAUGAGUUAUUAUUAUUUAUUGGAUUUAGUUUAUUGGCAUUCACGGCUUAUCUAUUAUGUUUUUAUAAUUGGGAACAUUUUCGUUAUGAUGGAUUCGAAAUAUUAAAAGAUCAAAUUUAA